AUGAAGCCAAAUACUCCAAUUCUCGUGGAGCGUCAUUUUUAUGGAGGCCCGAACCCAUCCUCAAUACUUCCUUGACAUUGAAUAAGACAAUAAGACGAACAACGACGAAGCUACAAGGUUGCCAUCUUUUUUUUAUAAUUUAUCAAGUAGCCAGUUAACGCAUUUAUUUUUACAGAAACCAUUUUAACACCGCARGGACGGCUUUCGAAACUACAACGAUUCUGGACAGCCAUGUAAACAAGUGAAACGAAAUCAGUCAAAAAGCCACAAAGUCCUUGAUAUCACAGGGAUUUGCUCCGUAGCCAAAAGGGGGAAAGUAUUUGCACUUGAAGUGUGACUUCUUUACAUAAAGCAGUUCUAUCAUUSCAUGAUCACAAGGCCGGACGCAGCUAGAGACGAGGUUUUGUACUUGAAAAUUGUAAGAUUGUUUCGCACAGUUGACAAAAGAUCCAUAGACCGACCAUGCUCGAAGAAAGAGAAGAAAUUCCACAGAAAUGGAGYUCAAAUACUUUUAAGCUCAACGGAUUUUUGGAACGAUUUCCACUUCCGCAAACAGUUAAAGUCGUAGAAGGAGUUUUUACGGACGAAGAAGACCAAGAAACCGUUUGCAUUGAUGAUAUUCUUAUUUUCCACAACUGCGAAAAAAUCCUCAAGGUGAAAGCAUCCGAUUUUCGAAAUGAAACUACAUCAUUGGCGUGCGAUACGAAAGUCACACGAGUGGCCUCCGAGUUUGCGCAUGCCCGUUUGAGCGCAAGGGAUAUCUUGAAACAUCUUUCGAAAGUCCGUUUCCUAAGAAUGCUCGUAGAAGACGAUGAAAAUGGAUUAGAAAGAAACGAAAAGCUUAGAAUUGAUUACAAUUCCGUUCAGAACCACGGAGAYACAUUUUCAUUUGUUCUCGAAUCUAUUACAAAACAAAGCAAACAAGUUGAGAUUACUCAAAGUUGUACAGCACAUUUUCAACCUAUCCUCGACCCAAACGAAUACAACAUUUCUGAAAUUGUGAAAAAGUUUGGACUACCGCAGCAUGUGCUCGUAGUUAACAACCUAAAUUCAACUCAUACGAUUUGCGAAGAGGAAAGUCAUGGAAGAGUUGUCAAGUUGGAGAGCACGUUUACAGAGAGUAUCGUAAACGUYAGUAACCUAUUAGAACCAAACGCAGUUUUUCGUCUUCAAACUAAUCUGGAAUUGGUCAUUUGUCCAACAUUGGACGCAGUAUUGCAAGGGACGUCUCCGAAAGCAUCCGACAUGAUCAGCCCGCAGACCAGUAAGGAUAGAAAAUCCGAGAAGGAUCCAAAGGACGCAAGUUUAGUAAUCUAUGAAGACAUGUCAAGCCUUGCUCUCGAUGGUAUUACAUCGCUUGAAACGCUUGGAAAGAGCUCUAUGCAAAGUCAAGUAUUAAAUGCUUAUACACCGACCCCAUCGGCAAUGGCAAUGAUAAAGGCAAACGCUGUAUCUCAGAAACCACACGGGGCUAUAAAGCUAAAGGAAAGAGGAUCAGAAAAUGUCAUACAAUUGUCUGAAGGCUGGUACGACGUUCCCAAGUCUUAUGCGGCAGAGAAGUGCGAAGGGAAAGCAAAUCUUAAUGUCGGAAAACUUAAAUCGGUAGAGGGUGAAGACAAAGACCAUAUCUACCAAGAAAUUGACUUUCGAGCGCUUAUUGAAGCAAAGAAACGUGUCAAGGCAGAGGUUUCGCUGACUGACAAAGAUAAGGAGCAUCAGGGAGAGAACGCGAGUGCUUCUGCAACGAAGUUGGAUACCCUACCACGAGUCUCGUCUAAGUUGGAUACCCUGCCACGAGUCUCGUCUAAGUUGGAUACCCURCCACGAGUCUCGUCUAAGUUGGAUACCCUGCCACGAGUCUCGUCUAACCGCAAGACUGCAUACUACAAUAUUACCCAACACUUGAGUUUCACAAAAAAAAGCCAUGACAUUACAACAAGACGUCACAGUAGCUUCCAAUUAAAUGAAAAAGAAAGCACAAACAAGUCUAAGGAUUUCAUUCACAAGASAACACAGGAGAGCUCAGUUUUGAACCCGAGCGACCACACGGCUGUUCUGUACAAUCGUUCWGUUUCUACUAAUGUGUGCGAUGAGAGCCUCACUUCAAURUGGACACAAAAACACAACCGAAGCUCRACGUCACAGCGCAGUCACUCCAUCGGGUGUUUAGAAGGAACUGGAUCUCUUGGGGGCUCAAUUUCUGAUGCUUUAACCAAACAUAAAAUGUUUGUUUCAAGAUCGGKUAAGGCAAACGUGGUGCCUCCACUUCCGCCACCUCGCUUAUCAAGCAUAAAACCUGUGUCCGAUACUGAAAUAUGCRCACCGGGAGAGCAAAUGCUUCAUAAGGGUCUUUCGAAUCAGGACAAACAUCCUGUUGGCGAAACUUAUUCAUUGAAUGAAAAAACAUCAAAAACGGCAGCAGGGAAUAACAGCUGCAGUAGUGGACAACAACCUUUGCCAACUGGCUCAGUAAGGACUCGCUCAGUCUCUGCCCCUCAUAUACACGAAGCCAAAAACUUUAAACAUCGAGACUUUGAACUUCCAUGUUGUAGUCACGAGGCRCAACUCGACGURAAGAAAAUGCACGAGAAAGAAMAUCCGAGUGRCCCGGGUUUACUCCUAAGAUCGAAAACAGAGCUUCCGUUAGAAACCAGGAAACCUCGUGCCAAGGCGCCUAAACCACCAAUAGUGCCGAAACCAGAAAUUCCCGCACUUUCUCAUAAACAAAAGUUGACUACUGUAAAAGAAAAAGGCCCUCAGUUGGAAAACAAAUCUGUUCAAGGAUGUUAUUAUAACAGUUUACCUCGACAAAAACCACCAAAUACAACGAAUGAGGACUUGUUUAGCAUUCCCGACGACUUGACACAUUUGMGUGUCUCUGAAGUAUGCGCUUGCUUGAAAAAACUUCACUUGGAAACUCUAGUGGACUUCUUCAAACAGAAUUUGAUCGAUGGGGAAAUGUUAAUGGAACUGGAUAACGAUACUAUGGUUGAAAUGGGGWUCGAGCGAUUUCACAGGCUGAAAUUGAAGAAAUUUAUMGAUGGAUGGAGGCCAAGUUUGUGAACAAUUGAAUUUUUCCGAGUAAAUUACUCAAAACAGUUUAAAAUUCUAUACUAUUACUAUUACACUAUAAUUAUAUUUGAUUCAAAAAACUCGUUURAUCCGAAAUACGCUAUUCCUCUAGAGAUUGACGCUAAGUGAACUAGUUUCCAAACACCCAAUCGCCAAUCUCGGAGGACCCCAGGCCAAGUGUUUCCGAAGAAGCGUCAACAAAAAAUAAUGAAAAUGAUUGAUUUUUUUAAAGAUUUAUUUGUGGAUAUUAUUAUAUGCAAGCGUUAUGAGUGAAAUUAUUUACAUUUUAUCUUCGAAUAUUUAACUAAGUGCUAAAAGGUUGUUCAAAAAAGCGGCCUUUUUAACAAUUUAGUUGUCCAUUAAAACAAACUAAAAGGAUCCAGCUUGUCCUUUUGCCCUUUGGUUUAUUCAUAAAAUGUCAUAUGUAAUACUAACCCCUGAGUAAACGCACUAGAGUGAAGUCAAAAAACCCKUCRAAUAGAUAUUACACUAAUACACCUUAGUACGCUUUUAUUGUAGUGUUUUCCUUUGUGUCUAUUUGACAAUUAUCAUAAUUUGAUAACACAGUGAAAGUGUACUAAUUUUUUUUUACUUCCAAUUUCUUUGAAUUUCUUUCUACGAUAUUUAAUUAACGGAUUUAGCGCGUUUACUCUAAAUCUCAAGAUGACGUGUUAGCAAUUAGGUGUAUCAACAUCUGAUAAACUUGCAGACGUCAUAAUAUGACCAUGUGACAUUUCAUGUGACGUAAACCUGUCGCACAUU